GGAAUACGAUGCACCAAUGAAAGGUGUACCGUUUACGACGCACAAACGCGGGAUUGGCUAUCACUGAUAAUCGAUAUAGAAACUUCAAGUCUGUGUGUACGUCUCAAUGUUCAAAUUUUAAUCUAUGAAAAUUAUUCUCCCGUGAAUUCAAUAUUCCUUUUUUAAUUAUUCAAUGCUAUUUCAUUUUGUUACAGUAAAGAAUUUCCGUUUUAUGUUGAAAUCGACAGGAACGUUCGUGUCGUGAGUUCGCAAAGCAUUUCAUUGGUCGCUCAAUCAUGACAUCACUCAGGAUCGGCUCAACAGGAGACGUCCUACCAUUUGAAAGUACACAAUUCCAAUUUUAUUUGUUCCAGAAACAUUCUAUUGUGAGAAACACUUGCUAUUGCAUACAAAUUGCGACAAUUGAAACAACUACUUUUAAUUGUAUUACAAAAUCUCGUGGAAAUGGAAGAAGACACAUUCAUUUAGAUCUGUCACAUUUUGGAUUUGUAAAAACUCCAUUUGCAAUAAGACAAGUAAACUUCGUUUGUUGUAAACAAUCGUAUCACUUAGACAUCGUUUAAUUACUUUUCAUUUGAAAGACAUAUACAGAAUUUUACCUAAUGCGUCUUUCGUUUUAAUAAUCUAUAUAGUAGCUUUUGGAAUUUCGUUCUUUUACUCGCAUAGUAUUACGAGUAAACACAUUGCAUAAUAAAUGAAUUGUACGUAGUAAAAUCAGCAUGUAGAUUUAAAUGUCGUACAUUUCCAUAUAUAUAUGUAUUGAUAUUAUACAUAUAUAUGUCACUGUUUGUAAACAAACAGAAAGGACAAUGGUACCCCAUUCUGUUUACUUGUUACAAUCCUGACCAGAUUGGCAUCGGGGCAUUCGCAAUAAACUGGUGAAUCGAACAAGUAGGUAGUGGGGCUACACUCGCGUAUGUUGAUCGCGAAUGUCGUCAAAAGUUACCGGGUAAUUGUACUGUAUAUCUUAUCGGAUCUCGCAUAAUUUAAAUCAAAAUCCUUAGGUUUAAAAGUAAUAUUAAAGUGCUUUAGAAUCAGAGUGUCACUGGAGAAUAACCACAAGCUCGCCGAUAAAGUACUAUUGUUUUGCGGUAGCCGCUUACAAACCGUGUGCCUGUUUAUGCAUGUGUCCGUAAAACUCACACGUCCGCCGCGUAUUCGGUGUGUUCCGUGUACAAUGGCAACCUUGACACUUGGUGAUCGUUUUUGGCGACUUCGUCUCCUCGUUUCUACCGAGAAACGCGCGUCGCGAGUGAAAGCCGCGGUGGCCAUUCCGUAAAAUCUCUCAUUAAACAGGCUCCGACUACGUCCGUGUGAUUUAACCAUUGAUAGAAGUUCCGUACUUUUGUAUCGAGUUUAUGAAUUUUGUUUACGAGCCGAGUGCAGGUUACGCGGUAAAUUUCAUCGGAAAAUUACAUUAUUGUUUCACAAAGGGUACACGUCAUACAGCAAACAAAAACAGUACUACCAAUUAUUUUGCGCAUAUACUACGAUGCUAACAAUCAUAUGGUCAGACAAUCGUCGUUUCUCGUUUGAGUAAUGUUUCUACGUAAAUCUGUUUAGAUGUACGCAGUCAAUUUUAUUUGUAUACUUAACGUGCUCUCAUUGACGUUCUCGUAAGCAUGAGAUGAUUCUACGUUAGACUAUCGUCGGGAACGAAAACAAAGUAUGUAUAGCAUAACUGUAUCGACAUGUUUGUAUGCGCCCGUGAAACAUGGUGUGUCUACGUACGCGUAUACGUGUACGCGCCAUGAUGUAUACACGCUCAGCGUACGCCUGUAUGUAAACUAAAAUAAUCGUCCUUUGUCAAAGUUAAGCAGGAUCUCGUGUUUAAAAAAUUUCCAUUCAUGAAACCAGCCAAGUAACUGUAUUAAGUUACAUCGCUUAAACAAAAACAGGAGUGCUUCCAUGGCGAUGCACGCUUCCGAAAUGGUUGAAUGGAAGUUUGAAAAACUUAUACUUUGCCUACCCAACGUGUAAAAAUAAAAUUGGUUCGAUGUAUCACAUAUAUGCGCAGAAUUUGGUAUACAGUUUUCUAGAUAGAUUUAAAAACUGAUUAUAAUAUUGCAAAACAAUUGCCUGACAUUUUUCCACACUGUUUCUUUAAAAUUGUAACUUUUAAAAUUAUUUGAGAUUCUUUUACACGAUCUUUCAUGAUCUUUUUAACACAUAUUUUUCACGAAUACGUAUGCUUUGUGUAACGCAAUUGUAAUUUGUAUGCAGGGUAAUUGGAUAAUUGUAGUGAUGUGUGUCGUCACAGAAGAUCUAUUUUUGUAGUGCAGUAUAUGAAAGAAAAACUAGUUUAUGUAGUUGAUACAUAAACAACGUCUUGAGGUUUAUGGACGAUAAGAAAAUACAAUUUCUUAUGUGAACACGUACUCUACUCAUCAGAAAUCUAGUACCGAAUAUAAGAAAUAGACAGAAUGGCGCAAAUGGAACCGCUACCCCUUCAAAUGCCAGACUUGAGUAGUCUUCGCAUAACUACGACAGUAUCCAUGCUUGGCAAGGCUUAUGGAUGUGGACAAUGCAGUGCUCCUCCACCCGGACCCACGACAAGCUCCUCCGUAGGAGCCGCCGGAGCAACUGGAAGCAGUGUGAUGGCUUCCAGUUCUCUGGCGCUCGCCUCCACGCAACAGACACACACUCCUCCACAGCCUCCGGAACUGCCAAUGUUCUCAUGUCCUCGAAGACCAAACAUAGGACGUGAGGGUCGGCCAAUUCUCUUAAGAGCCAAUCACUUCCAAAUUACGAUGCCACGCGGCUUCGUGCAUCACUACGAUAUUAACAUACAACCCGACAAAUGUCCACGCAAAGUAAAUAGGGAAAUUAUAGAAACGAUGGUUCACGCGUACAGCAAAAUAUUCGGAACUUUAAAGCCCGUGUUCGACGGGAGGAAUAAUUUGUACACGAGAGAUCCCUUGCCUAUUGGUACUGACAAAAUAGAAUUAGAGGUAACACUGCCUGGCGAGGGCAAAGACAGAGUUUUCCGCGUGGUGAUAAAGUGGGUGGCUCAAGUAUCGUUAUUUGCGUUAGAAGAAGCUCUAGAAGGACGUACAAGACAGAUUCCUUAUGAUGCUAUACUCGCUCUGGACGUCGUAAUGAGGCAUUUACCAUCUAUGACGUACACUCCAGUAGGUAGAUCAUUUUUUAGCACGCCGGAUGGAUAUUAUCAUCCGUUGGGCGGUGGCAGAGAGGUCUGGUUUGGUUUCCAUCAGUCCGUUCGACCGUCACAAUGGAAAAUGAUGCUGAACAUCGAUGUCUCUGCAACCGCGUUCUACAAAGCACAACCCGUGAUAGAAUUCAUGUGCGAGGUGUUAGACAUUCGGGACAUAGGCGAUCAGAAAAGGCCGUUGACGGAUUCUCAACGAGUUAAAUUUACCAAAGAAAUCAAAGGACUUAAAAUCGAAAUCACACACUGCGGGACGAUGAGGCGGAAGUACAGAGUGUGCAAUGUCACGCGCAAACCCGCGCAAAUGCAAUCAUUCCCGUUACAACUGGAGAACGGACAAACAGUGGAGUGUACCGUUGCGAAGUAUUUCUUAGACAAAUAUAAAAUGAAGUUGCGCCACCCGUACCUUCCUUGUCUUCAAGUCGGGCAGGAGCACAAGCAUACGUAUUUACCUCUCGAGGUUUGCAACAUCGUAGCCGGACAACGGUGCAUCAAGAAACUGACCGAUAUGCAGACGUCGACGAUGAUAAAAGCCACGGCUCGUUCUGCGCCGGAUCGAGAACGCGAAAUAAACAAUUUAGUGAAAAGAGCGGACUUCAAUAACGACGCGUACGUUCAAGAGUUCGGUUUGACGAUAUCGAACAAUAUGAUGGAGGUUCGGGGUCGUAUAUUACCUCCGCCUAAGCUGCAGUACGGAGGGCGCGUAAGUUCCCUCAGUGGACAGACGAAACAGCAAGCAAUACCAAACGGAGGCGUCUGGGACAUGCGCGGCAAACAAUUUUUCACGGGCGUAGAGAUCCGAGUAUGGGCGAUCGCCUGUUUCGCGCCUCAGCGAACUGUUCGUGACGAUGCUAUCAGAAAUUUUAUAGCGCAGUUGCAGAGAAUAAGCAACGAUGCUGGAAUGCCGAUCGUGGGACAGCCGUGUUUCUGUAAAUACGCUACAGGCCCGGAUCAGGUCGAGCCCAUGUUCAGAUAUUUGAAGGCGACGUUCUCUACGGUGCAACUCGUCUGCGUUAUAUUACCCGGGAAGACACCUGUAUAUGCCGAGGUUAAAAGAGUGGGCGAUACGCUGUUAGGAAUGGCAACGCAAUGCGUGCAAGCGAAGAACGUUAACAAGACAUCGCCACAGACUUUGUCGAACUUGUGUUUAAAAAUCAACGUGAAACUGGGUGGUAUUAACAGUAUUCUGGUGCCCAGCAUCAGACCGAAAGUAUUCGACGAACCUGUUAUUUUCUUCGGAGCCGACGUGACCCAUCCACCAGCUGGAGAUAACAAGAAACCCAGUAUAGCAGCUGUGGUAGCCAGUAUGGAUGCUCACCCCUCGCGAUAUGCAGCUACUGUCAGGGUUCAACAGCACAGGCAGGAGAUCAUUCAGGAACUUAGUUCUAUGGUUAAGGAACUUCUUCUAAUGUUCUACAAAAGCACCGGUGGAUACAAACCACUGAGGAUAAUAUUGUACCGCGACGGCGUUUCGGAAGGCCAGUUUCUACACGUUUUGCAGCAUGAGCUAACUGCUAUCCGCGAGGCUUGCAUCAAACUCGAAGCUGACUACAGACCCGGAGUUACAUUCGUAGUAGUUCAGAAGAGACAUCACACGCGAUUAUUCUGUUCUGAAAGACGCGAACAGAUGGGGAAAAGCGGGAACAUACCUGCAGGCACGACUGUCGAUGUCUGCAUAACGCAUCCAACCGAGUUUGAUUUCUACUUAUGCAGUCAUCAAGGCAUCCAGGGUACCUCGCGCCCCUCGCACUAUCACGUUCUUUGGGAUGACAACCACUUCGAGAGCGACGAGUUGCAGUCUCUCACUUAUCAGUUGUGUCACACGUACGUUAGGUGUACGAGGUCGGUUAGUAUACCAGCUCCGGCGUAUUACGCUCAUCUGGUAGCGUUCCGAGCUAGGUAUCAUUUGGUGGAGAAGGAACACGACAGCGGCGAAGGAUCUCAUCAGUCUGGCUGUAGCGAAGACAGAACACCGGGUGCAAUGGCUAGGGCCAUCACGGUUCACGCGAACACGAAACGAGUCAUGUAUUUCGCAUAA